GAUACUUUACAGAGGAGGGAUGUAUUGAAAGAGACUAUUGCUACUUACAGCGCCGUAUAGCAGCCCUGCUCCUACAUUUUGCUGCCUUACUCUGCCCUGAAUGCUCUGGAGUGGGGAUGGUCCGUCAUUAACUAUAAACUGAUUCUCAUCAGGAAACUGCACAUUAUCUCACCAUCAUUUCAAAGGUCUCGUCUGGCAGAGGUGACGCCAGGAGAUGAUUUAAAGGUGAAAAUGACAAGGUUUCCAGCCCUCAAACCUUGGUUCCUUUUCUGACAAUACAGUCUGAAUGAACCCAAUGUCUUCUUUACUGUGGAAGUAACAUCGGAAGAGAAAAACAUAUAUAUAUUUUUUAAUCCUGAUAAAGAAGAUUAUUGGGAAGCUCUUUUUUUUAAAAAAAUCUCCAAUUGUGGCACAGAUGGAUUUUAGAAAGUGUUAGAGCUUUCCAAUGAACACUAAUAGAGUACUCUGCUCUUGGCUGGAUUUUUCAGAGAAUGGCAAUGGUCUCUGCGAUGUCCUGGGUCCUGUAUUUGUGGAUAAGUGCUUGCGCGGUGCUGCUCUGCCAUGGAUCCCUUCAGCACACUUUUCAGCAGCAUCACCUGCACCGACCAGAAGGAGGGACAUGUGAAGUGAUUGCUGCGCACAGAUGUUGUAAUAAAAACCGCAUUGAGGAGCGGUCGCAAACAGUCAAGUGUUCCUGUCUGCCUGGGAAAGUGGCUGGAACAACAAGAAACCGACCUUCCUGUGUUGAUGCCUCCAUUGUGAUCGGGAAAUGGUGGUGUGAGAUGGAGCCUUGUCUAGAAGGAGAAGAGUGUAAGACACUCCCUGAUAAUUCUGGAUGGAUGUGUGCUACAGGCAAUAAAAUCAAGACCACAAGAAUUCACCCAAGAACCUAACGGAAGCAUUUGUUAUAGUAAUAGAGGAAAAUCAACUCUGCGGAAAAUACAUUUUAAAAAGUUAAAACAUCUUAUACAUUAGAAGCCAAAUGGAUUUCUUAUUUGCACUUUGACUGAUUACCAGAUAAGCACAGUGCUUUUACUGUGUAUCACAGAGUAUCCUAGAGGGAGAAGACCCGAAGUUUUGGCGGUACCAUGGAAAGUGGGUUAAGAAAAAAAAAAAGGGGGGUUUUCUCAAUGCAAAUUUUUUGGGAUUACGAAGAACGGUCAACUAUCUUCUCAUUUGGAUCUAUAGUUACUUUGUACCACUUGAAAUACAUGUAUAUACAUAAUAUUUUGAAAUAUUAUAUAUUCUCUUCAAGAAAUGAACUGUACCACAGUUUGAGACGGCUGGUGUACGUCUUUGAGUUUUGGAUGUUUUGUUUUGUUCUCUUGUCAUUUCUUUUGCUAUCGGCAAGGAAAACAUGUGCCCUUUUGAGAGGUGGGCAUGGCACUGACACUGGAAGGCCAGCUACAGGUGGACUCCUGGAAUCUGAGGCAUCAAAACAACACCGAGGCAAGAGCUCCCUUCUGUUUCUACAGAUGGUCCAAGGAAGCACAUCAUCCUGACUUGUUGUUUUCUAUCCUGUACAAUAUUAGCAUGCAAGCUUGGCUUACAUAACCAUACUUUAUAUUCAAUUGAUAUAUAAUACCGAUCUAACCUCUUCCAGGAAAAUAUUUUUAGAACUACUAGCUUUUCCACAGAUAAAGAAAAAUGAGGAUUCUUGAGGGAGCCACUCCACCAUGCUGUUAAGACUCCGGCAGAGUGAUGGUCAAAUAUGGAUCCCGGUAUUGAGUUCUGUAAAUACAGUGUCUUAAGGCUUUGUAUAGCUAUCCUAAACUGCAGAAAUGUCCUCUGAUUAAAUCCAAAGUCUGACAUCAUUAAUAACAUAGUGCUGUAGCAACAAGUCUUAUCAUGGCACCUCUUUCUACAUUUGAUUUGAUUUUUCCAAGAGUAUUCAGAGAUCUCUUCUGGUGAGAUGGAAAGACUGUUAAAGCAGUUAGGUUUCAGAAUGAUCUGUGUGACCAAAUGUUGGACAGCCCUAUUAAAGUGGUAAAUAACUUCUUUCUAAA